GUUGCAUCACGAGGGGUUCUUGUGUGCAGCUUCUGUUCCAAAGGCUGCAGAUCUGCCCAAGGAAAGCAGCUGCGUCAUAGCAGCAUCGCUGAUACAAAAUUAAACCAUAAGGAGAAGAACAUCGAUUUAUUUAGGACACCCCUUCAAACACACAUCGGCACUCACUUUAUUCAGACACCAGAAGGCUAGGAGCCCAAUUACUCGUGGAUUGAAUUAAAAUAAUUGAAACUGAAAAUAUUAGAUUUUCCUCGGAAUAAUGGUGAAAUUGGGGAAUCAUUUUUGUGACAAGAAUAACACCAAAGUGCCCAUCUCUGAAGAUGGGUUUGAUACCAUCCCCCUUAUCACACCCUUGGAUGUCAGUCAGCUUCAAUGCCCCCCGCCUGAUAAGGUGGUGGUAAAAACUAAAACAGAAUAUGACGGUGACCACAAGAGGGGCAAAUUCCACAACCCUAAAGCAGCAGAAUUUACAAUAAGCAUGACUGAAGGUGUCUCUGAUAGUUUUAAGGUCACACUGUUAGUGCUUUUUGCCCUGGCUUUCCUAACCGGUGUAGUGUUUCUGGUGAUCUACAAAGUUUACAGCUGUCCAGAGGGAUUUGUCUUUCAGCACAACCGCUGUAUUCCAGCUGGAAUAGACAGUUAUUAUUCUGAACAAGACCCCAGCGCCCGAGGAAAAUUCUACACUGUUAUUAACCACUACAACGUGGCUAAGCACACGCUCACUCGCUCUGUAUCACCCUGGAUGACAGUGAUGACUGAAGAAAAGGUAUCUGAACAGGAGACAGAGACUGCAGAGAAAUAAGCUUAGAAGUGAGAGCUGCUACAAGAUUACAGGAGUCACACAUGCUGGGCAGUAAUACUGUAUAAAUGGGAGCUUUUAACUUUAAAUAUAACCAUAAGCAGCUAUGACAUUUUAUAUAUAUAUAUAUAUAUAUAUAUAUAUAUAUAUAUAUAUAUAUAUAUAUAUAUAUAUAUAUAUAUAUGUGUGUGUGUGUGUGUGUGUGUAACAUUUUUUUGGGGGGGUCUACAUAACACUGCAGAUUUUAGGCAAUAGUUGAAUAAUUUUCAUUGUUUAGCAGGAAAUGAAAGAUUCUGUUUCUAUUAGUAACCCACAUGUUUAUCUUCUGUUCCAAAGCCAGUAGCACUGUAAAGACAAAUGCAUCUUCAUUUGAGAUGACAAUUCUAGCUCUUUCUCAAUGGUUAUAAUUAAAGUUGACUUUCAAGACAAGUGGAUAUAUGUACAGGGCACUGUCAGUAAUGGAUUAUGUUGUAUGAAGAGGGGAAAAAAAAAUCUGUUAAUUUAUUUUCUUAUUUAUCUUGUUUUAUCUUUCCUGUCUUACUACUCGCUACUGUUGAUAAUUUGCAAUUGAUAAUGAAGUUCAGUCACACAACGCGUUUGAUGUUAUUUUAUUAAUGCAGACAGCAUUCUAUUGCUUCUCCACUGUGGCAUGUAGUGAGGAUGUUCACUGGAAUACAGAUUGGUGUACUGUAGAAAAGGGCAAAUUUGGUCUUCAUUAGGUAACUGACAUUUUUCAAACUGUUCCUUUUCAAUUGAAGUGUUGGUUGAUUUCCUCAGCUUAUUGACUCACGAUUUGACUAUUUUAAUUUAUAACUUGUUAGGGAAGAGCCCAGACCUAACUAAAUACAAUACCAUGAAGAAAUGUUACACAAGACCGUUUCAAAAUAUAUUAACGUGUUCAACAUACAAAGUGUGAGUGCAUAAGUGAAGUAAUACUAUAUUUUUUGGAGAUCUGCAUUCCAUAAUAAAUAAAGUAAAUGCACAUUAUAUUGAAUAUUAGUAAAAACAACAAUAUACACAACAACUUCUGUGAUUUUAUUUACAGGAUGAUUUCAUUAUCCUGCCUUAUUACUAAAUCAAUAUAAAACACAUUAAUUAAUGAAAAUUAAGACCAUUACCAUAACUUGUGGUUUGUUACAUUACUAAAAGCGUCCCAUAAGCCAGAGUACAAUUGUAGCACGCCAAACACUUUAUCAAAAUGUCAAAUUAGAUAUGCAAGUUCUUUGUGAAGGGCUGUAAUGUUAAUGGAUUGACAAGGGAAAAAUGUGUGUUGCAGGGCUGUGCUGAACCUUCAUAGCUUUAAUAGUUUUUGACAACAGCUGUAUUUGAAUACAGAUAUUCAUCAUUUUCCUUUAUGGUUCCUUCUAUAUGCUGUUUGUAGUGGAAAUGUCAAAAGUAGUAGUAGAACUCAAAGAAAACCCACAAAAAAGCACAUUGCAUUCAAUGAAUUCCAAUGUCAUGUUUAUUUGUUUAGGUUAAAUUAGUAGAGACAGCGCAUUUUAUGCUUUAUUGCUUUAAGAAGUGCAUCGUACAUUUUCUUAAAACAAGAGUUUAGUAAUUGCUCAUCUUUGUUUAUUAAUGCGCAAAAGGCUUGAUAUGUCACUGAGUGGUAGGACAGGCUUUAAUGUGCUGUGUGCUGUUGUAAAGUGUCACGCUGCAUGAAAUGCAAUAAAACCAGUGCCAAACAUUUUACCUUGCCUAACAAAAGGCUCUCACAAACCCAUUUUAAGCAGGUCAUGUAGUUUUUGUUGAUAAUCAAAAUUGAUAAAAAAUAUACUGUAUACUUUAUUGAAUGUAGUGAAGUGAAGCAAUUAGGUUGUAACUUUUGACAUUUUCACUUUGUGAAAAAUAAAGUCUAAGAAUGACAAACGAUA